GUUUGUGACCCGCGGAGUCCCCGCGCGCAGCCAUGGCGAGCAGCUCGCAGACGCCGCCCGAGCAGCCGCUGCAGGUGAAAGUGGUGGGGCUCUUCAAAAGCUCCAGCUUUCAAAUUGCGAAGAGCGCCGCUGAGGUAACCGCGAAGAAACCACAAGGGCGGAAGGCCCGUCCCGCUUCCGGUCGUGCGCCUCCUGGUGGCGGGGGUCGAGGUUCAGGGAGGAGCCUGAAGAGUAAUUAUCCAUCCAAAUUUGAAGACCCUAUAAUAGUUCCUGUUCAAGAAUUUGCAUGGGAUCAAUAUCUACAGGAGAAAAAAAGGGAACUUAAGAAUGAAAUCUGGGAAUAUUCUUCCUAUGUGAUGUGUUUUAUUAACGAUCAGCUCCUGGGUGAUGCACUUGAUCUUCAGAAAUGGGCCUACAAAGUGUGGGAUAUAGUUGAUUUUAAGCCUCCUGCACUUUAUGAAGCACUUACUAUGGAUUAUUCUGCCAAAUUCUUAAGAGACACGAAGCAUAAUUUUGUGUUCUUGGACAUUUCUAUUGAUUUUUAUCCAAUUGGAAGAUUGAUUUUUGAGCUAUAUUGUGAUACAUGUCCCAAAACAUGUAAAAAUUUUCAGAUCCUGUGCACAGGAAAAGCAGGGUUUUCCCAAAGUGGCAUCAGGCUACAUUACACAGGUUCCAUUUUUCAUCGAGUGGUACGGAAUGGUUGGAUACAAGGAGGAGAUAUAGUUGCUGGAAGAGGAGAUGGUGGAGAGUCAAUUUAUGGACCAACAUUUGAAGAUGAAAACUUCUCAAUUCCUCAUAAUAAAAGGGGAGUUCUUGGAAUGGUCAACAAAGGCCGUCACAGCAAUGGGUCACAAUUCUACAUCACACUACAAGCAGCUCCCUAUCUAGACAGAAAAUAUGUGGCUUUUGGGCAAUUGAUUGAAGGAACAGAUGUUCUUCAUCAACUAGAAUUGGUUCCAACAGAGAAUGAAAGACCAAUACAACAAUGUGUAAUUAUUGACAGUGGAGAGCUUUAUGCCUAACCUUCGUAUCAGUAUUUUCUGACAGUUUUUUAUUGUACAUCUGAUCAGCUGUUUCUAGAUUUAAUUAAACAGUGCUUGUUAAAAUUUGA